UUCUUCUGAAUUGCACGAGACGUCUUUCUCUCGCUCUCUCUCUCUCUGUCCCUUUCGUUUCUGCUCAGAGAUUGCUUUCUCUGCAAGCUCGUCUUCUAAGCAAAGCCCCCCUCAACAAGGCAACCCCAAGUGCUCUCUCAAACUUCUCUGAUUGCCUUCAAUGGCGUAUGUCGACCAGGCGUUCUCCAUUAGCGAUGACGACAUACUGGAGACGUCCUACAUCAUUCACAACCGGCCACCGGUGAAGGAGAUAGCCCUCGCACUCUCUCUUCUAGUCUUCGGCACCCUCGGCAUCUUCAUUGGUGUAUUCAUGGCCGUCCACCAGGUCGGCGGUGACACGGCCCACGGUGUCUUCUUUGCACUCCUAGGUUCCCUUCUUUUUCUUCCUGGAUUUUACUAUACAAGGAUUGCAUACUAUGCAUACAAGGGUUACAAGGGAUUCUCAUUCUCAAAUAUUCCUCCAGUAUGACGACGUAGAGCUUCUGCUAGAUUAUCCAAGUUGGCUUUGCUAACAUAGAACGGGUGAAUUACAAUGUGGAAGCAUGUACAGAACCUGGAAGUGUUGCUAAAGAGUCUUGUUCUUGGACCUUGUCUCUUUUGUAAAUGAUCUCUUAUACAGUAAUGGCAAGAAAUGGACAUUCUUUCCGUGCCUUGGUUUUAAACAACGCCCUCUCAUUUUUCAUUUUGCUUAGGAACUUUUCCUUCUGCCUACAAUUACUUCUUUGGCAUUCUGUUGUACUAGCCAUCGUCUCAAGUAAGCGUUUUUCAUCUUUUAUAGGUGGAAUUGGAUUGAAA